AUGGAGGUAGCUCAAACUCCUUUGCAGUUGACUCAAGAUCACACGGAUGGGAGAAUGACUGGUGAAGGCAACGCAUCACCUCUACGAUGGUCCCCUCCGUCCUCAGCUGCAUUGGUGGCAGCUGCCCUAGCUCCACCAGCGUUACGACCCUGGCUACCAGACCCACCCAGCAAGAAGACCAACCAUUUGGGUCUGAUCUGCGUGGUCUGCGGUGAUACAAGUUCCGGCAAACACUAUGGCAUCCUCGCUUGUAACGGCUGCAGUGGAUUCUUCAAGAGAUCUGUCAGGAGGAAACUUAUUUACAGAUGUCAAGCAGGCACGGGGCGCUGUGUCGUGGACAAAGCUCACAGAAACCAGUGCCAAGCCUGCAGAUUGAAGAAAUGUCUCGCGAUGGGAAUGAACAAAGAUGCGGUACAGAACGAGCGGCAGCCCCGAAACACAGCCACCAUCAGACCUGAAGCUCUGAGAGACAUGGACCAGGAGAGAGCUCUUAGAGAAGCUGCCGUUGCUGUCGGGGUAUUUGGGCCACCAGUCUCCCUCGCAAUGGCACUAUCGCCAGCUCGCUAUCCAUUGCUGUCUCCGCACUACGCUCCACUGCCGCCGCCCCAACCGACGCAGCAACCUCAACCAGACUCCUCGCAUGAUCACAACGAGGAGGGCAAUGUGCAUACUGAUAGUGAUGAUGACAGUAUCGACGUGACUAACGAAGAAGAUUCCACGUCAUAUUCACCACCAGCUGCCAUCAACUACCAACAAAACUGCGCUUCUUACAGGCCUUUAGGAGUAGAAAGUGCAGCGGAGUCAGCAGCUCGACUGCUCUUCAUGGCAGUAAAAUGGGCGAAGAACCUUCCUUCCUUCGCUAGCCUCGCUUUCAGAGACCAGGUCAUUCUCCUAGAAGAAGCAUGGUCGGAGUUGUUCCUGCUUAACGCCAUACAAUGGUGCUUGCCCCUCGACGCUGCGUGUGCCGCUCUCUUUGGAAGCGAUCAACUUGAUCAAGAGAACGGAGUGGACUCGGCGACGUUGCGUCGUCUGAGAGAAGUGCUUGCUAGGUACAGGACAGUUCUCGUCGAUCCUGCUGAGUUCGCUUGCAUGAAGGCUAUCGUUCUUUUCAAGUCUGAAACCAGAGGCCUAAAAGACCCGCUGCAAAUAGAAAACCUCCAAGACCAAGCGCAAGUGAUGCUAAUGACUCACGCUCGCACAGCUCACGGAACAGCUCCAGCAAGGUUUGGCAGACUCCUUCUCUUACUCCCUCUCCUACGUCUAGUCACACCACAGCAGUUAGAAAGAGAAUUCUUCGCGAAGACCAUUGGACAAACUCCUAUGGAAAAGGUCUUGGCUGAUAUGUACAAAAAUUGAUAUGUAGGCUUGGUUUAAGAUGAAAUAGUUAUGGUAGGGUCAUCAUCUUCAGCGUCAUCAUUAUUAUCGUCAACUGCUUCAGAGCAUUCCUCUAUAUCUUCCUCAAUGUCGGCCUCAUGGUUCACUUGUAAAAUUGAUUGUAGCCUUUUCACAAGUAAAUUCACUUGUUUCACUAUAAAAGAGGAAUAUGCCAUAAUCUGCUCGAUGGUCAAAAAUGGCGGUUUGAAAGAAAUACGCUUAUCUGAGAGGACUGCUACUCGCUGUCUGUUAAGCAUGUUGUCUUUUAGGGCUAUAUUGCAUUGGGACACCAUGGCGACGCAACCAGUCACUCCAUAGUAGAAUUCUGAGCACUCACUCAGAAUUCCACUGCACACCAUAAGCGUUACAGUGAUUAUUGGUACCAUCCGAGCUGUUCACGCCGCCAGAUUGCCAAGUCUAGCACGAAUAACUAUCGAAUAGCUAUAGUGAACUCCAGUGAACCAACAAAUCCGAGCUCUGAAAAUGCCCGAUAUAGCUCUUUUAUUUCACGAGCGCGGGUUACCCAUAGUUGUAGUUGUAGUGCGUAUAGAUACGCGCGCUUGUGUGCGUAACUCACAGCAAGCUCAUACAUUGGCUCGCCGGCCAAAACUGGGCGUUCCCGAGCGUACGUACAAAGACAAUGUGCGUGUACAUUUACCCACACAAGUAUGGCGCACCUGUACUCGUGAGAUAAAACAUCUAUACUAUAAAGUUACGAAUGCGAUAAUUAUUGGUGCUUGACACUCAAAUGAGUAACGCUCUAUAGAGCUGUAUAAAUGUUGGUUGCGGUGACUGGUUGAGACGCCAUGGUGCAAUAUAGUUCUUAGUUGUAUACCCGAGGUGAAUAAGGAAAUGCUAUUCAUGAAAUAUAUUUAUAUCGGUUUUACCAGUUUUUACACGUGUAGGACUGAAACUGAAUACGAACAUGUCCAUACAAGUCUACAGAUGGAAUGAGGCGUGUUUAUUGUCGUAUGAUUAUGAUGAUGAUGAAAAAUGUUUUAUUUGCGUACGUGUUUUUUGUUUUGUCAU